AUGUCCGCCACAAUGUCCCGUAUGUUGAUCCGGCAAUCACGAACAGUGAUCCGACGACCAGCGAUUAGACACUCGUCCACUACACAGGAGACCGCCGCAAAGGCCAAAGAUGCCGCCUCUUCAGCUACUUCCAAAGCGUCCGAGGGGCUUACAAAAGUGACCGCUGCUGCCGGUCCAGCUCUUGCUGGUGCCAUGUCCGGUGUGGGUGGUGCUUUGAAGAAGGUUGGAGGACGAACUGCCAAACUCGUCGCUUUCGUCGAAUCUUUAAUACCACCAACCAUCUACUACUCCAGAGUCGGCCUUGAGCUGUCGAAAAUCGUCUUCCGGGGACAGAAGAUGGCACCACCAGACAUGGCCACUUUCCAAUCGUACCUUUACUCUGCCUUGAACUCCCUUCGCCAACCAUCUACCAUCUUCGCCAGCUUAAGAAAUCCCAACGGCAGCAUUUCCCGGCUCCGAAACUUCGAUGCCAAACAAUGGGCCAUUGUUGGAAUCACAACCGCAGAAGUCAUUGGAUUCUUCUCCGUCGGCGAGAUGCUCGGUCGAUUCAAGGUGGUCGGCUAUAGAGGAGAGGUCGCCCACGAACACUAG